AUGAAGAAAUUGUUUUUUGUUCGAACAAGUCCCCAACAAAAAUUAAUUAUUGUUGAAAAUUGUCAAAGAUUAAGUGAAAUAGUUGCUAUAACAGGUGAUGGUGUUAACGAUUCUCCAGCAUUAAAAAAAGCUGAUAUUGGCAUUGCUAUGGGUAUUGCUGGAUCAGAUAAAAAAUCAAUUUGUUAUAAAUUAUCAUCAAAAAUUCCUGAAUUAGUUCCUUUUCUUUUUUAUAUGAUUGAUUUUUCAAAUUCCUUUACCACUUGUACUGUUGGUAUAGUAUGUAUUAAUUUAGGUAUAGAUAUGUUUCCAGCAAUAUCAUUAGCUUAUGAAAAAGCUAAAUCUGAUAUAAUGGAAAGACUAACAAGAGAUGCAAAACAAGAACAUCUUGCUACUGAUAAAUUAAUAUCAAUGAGUUAUGGUCAAUUGAAAAUGAUUUAA